AAACAAAACUUAAGAAUUUACAAAGAGCUGUUUUGUAUUCGUUCUGUUUUGUUUCGUUUUACGAUAGACUGACUAGAUCGGUAUCGUUUACACAAUGACACUUGACUAUGAAGAGGAGCACGAUCUUCAGCUAUCCCGGUCGAGCAGCGCAGCCGCGAUCAGUGAACGCACUCUUGAAGAAUGUUGGUCAACCCUGCAACGAGUGAGUUGGCAUCUGUUCCGUUGUCUUUUUAUGCACAAAAGCGCCAUGCAACAAAUACAACAACAAAUUCCUCGCGUCGGGCUGGCGACGCACGGAGUUCCCGGCACGCCUAACAUGGGUGGCAAUGCCACACCCGGAACGGACACCAAGCCACACCAGUGCCAACAGUGCAUGAAGAGUUUUUCCAGCAAUCACCAGCUCGUGCAGCACAUUCGUGUCCACACUGGAGAAAAGCCGUACAAAUGCUCUUACUGUGAUCGUAGAUUUAAACAGCUGUCCCAUGUCCAACAACACACGCGCUUGCAUACAGGAGAACGCCCUUACAAAUGCCACUUGCCCGAUUGUGGUCGGGCAUUCAUACAGCUCUCCAACCUGCAACAACAUCUUCGAAAUCAUGACGCCCAAGUAGAACGUGCCAAGAAUCGUCCAUUUCACUGUAAUAUUUGUGGGAAGGGAUUCGCCACUGAGUCCAGUCUGCGAACGCACACAUCCAAAGAGCUACAGCUGCAUCUUGGUGUCUUGCAGCAGCAUGCAGCACUCAUCGGUGGUCCUAAUGCAACAUCCUGUCCGGUGUGCCACAAGCUCUUUCUUGGUACCGAGGCGCUCAUGGACCAUAUGAAACACGUUCAUGAAGAAAAAAGCACACCUCCAAGUGGCACAGCUGCAUCACAUUUCAGUGAGAUCCUAAAUUGUACGGGUGGCAACGGCAAUGAUAAUGCAAUUGUAAGUGGCCCAAUUGGUUCGCAGAGUACAUCCGAGUCCACCUGUGCAAGGAUACCGACACAUCCCCCAAUUGCGAGUGGACCAAGCCUUAGCGACAACUACCAGGGAAAACGAAGAACUGCCAAUCAUCCAUGUCCAGUCUGUGGCAAGCAUUACGUCAACGAGGGCUCUCUGCGAAAGCAUUUGGCUUGUCACGCCGAGACCUCCCAACUCCCAAAUAGUCUCCGCAUGUGGCCCUGUAGUGUGUGCCAGGCUGUUUUCACACAUGAAAAUGGCUUGCUCACCCAUAUGGAGUCGAUGCGUAUGGAUCCGAAACAUCAGUUCGCGGCUCAAUACGUCUUGUCCCGAGCUGCAGCAGAGCAACGAGAGCGAGAGAGCAUAUUAGCGGCCACCAUAGCCUCCGGCAGUCCAUGUGCUGCCAGCGGAAUUGGAGUCGGUGAGGUGAGAAACGUACUACCUAUGGGUGUGACAAACUCAGGGGGAUCCAACUCAAAGUGCCCGUCACCAUCAGCCAACUCAGAAUGUUCUUCGAACGGAAGACUCUCGUCGUCAUCAACCUCCGAUCAAGAUCAAGACCACGAUCUCGGCCUGAGUGAAAACGAGAACAGUAGCCACAAUAAUAUCAGCAGCACAAAUAACAACACCCUUUGCACAAUCAACAACAACAGCUGUAAUUCCAGCAAAAUGAACGAGCUGCGUCUUCCAAACUCUAGUCAGUACAAUAUGGGUACCGGGCUGCACGUCGCCAAUCGAAUGUCACUUAUGGCAGCCGCAGCCGCAGCUGUCGCAGCAUCCCGACCCCAGGAGGGUGUUGACUGUUCGAAUGUCCCCAGUGCGGCUGUCCAAGCUGCUGUGGUUAAUCUGGCCGCCGCUAUGCGUAUGAACAAUCCCAACAAUGCUUCUACCGCGCUUGUUGGCCACUCUGGGCAUCCACAUUCCCUUCAGCACCAACAGCAUCUUGGCGAACAUCCUUUGCCACACCAUCAGCACCCUCAGCAUCUUCAACAGCAGCAGACACCACAGCACCAUCAGCAGCAGUUGUCACAUUUGUUAGGGCACGGGCACUCUCACCCUGGGAACAAUUCCCAUUCUCGCCGUUCGCCGAAUAUAAAUGUUCCUAGUUUGCACAUACAAAACGAGUCAACAGCUAACGCAUCGUCCGUUGCAAUGAGCAUGAACGUGAACAUGUUGCGUGGCUCCCUAGAACCAGACUCAACUUUAGGAGGAAUGAACCCUAUAGAGGCUCUCCAUCAUCAGCAACAGCAUCAUCACCAGGCGUCAACUUAUUCACAGCACGCAGUGGCUCCUAGCACUCAGCAAGCCCAUUCACAACACAGUCACCACCAUCCAGAAACCGCUCUCCGCAUGCACCAGCAGGCCGAAGCAAUUCUGCGCUCCCAUGAGGCGGCAUUCCGUUUGGCUGCCAAUACCGGCGUAAAAAGCGAGUCAGAGCAACGGUCUAAUGGUGGCAGUAGUAAUGGUAAUACCAGUGCUAACAGUAACGAACAGCAUCGAUUUCCGACACAUCAGCAAGAGCAACAAGUACCGCCGAGCUCAUGAAGCUUGGCGGUUAUUGUGCUCAGUAGAAUAGGUACAGAU